GUUUAUUGAAUAACUCGACCAGCGAGGGCUGAAGCCAGCUAGAAAAUGAAGGUUGUAGAUGGUAAGGUUGGUGGCCAAGGGGCCCUAAUCUAGCCCGCUAUUCUUAUAUGCCCUUGCUUCCGUUUGCACCCCCCACAGUACCUACUUAAAGUACAAGUAGGCAGUACCUAGCAGAUGGAUGCUUGACUGCAUGCAUGCACUACUCCCGGGUAGGUACUUAUAUAGUACAUGUAUAAGAGAUCCAUUGUAUGUAUAGCUCCUGUGGCGGAAAAUUCUGCAUGUCCAUCAACCAACUUCUAAUGUAGCAUGCCAUAGGUAUCCUAGCCGUAGUUAUUACAUCAGAAUGAAAACGUGAACAGAUACAUGCACUAACUUAUCCAUGCUACUAGCUUUUCUUCUUCUCUCUCUCCCUCUUUUUUUAGUCAGUGAGCUUAUCGCCUAAGGCUGUGCGCGUCUUUGGGUUGGCUGUGUGGCCGCCUGGUUUCUCCCAUAAUUAAGUAGAUAUCCCAUCCUACUACCCAGUACGUGGGGUGUAAGCUUGCCCCACCACUUUUUUCUCUGCCUACCCAAACUUGCACUCCAUUGUAUCUUCUCCUUUGACGAGACUGAGGGACAAGAGACUUCCUCGUUCUCCACGGCCUGCUACUAAGUUCCAAUCCCUGAGUUGCUAUCAUGGCGGAACAGGAUAACACAGACCUAUACGAGCUUCUCGGCGUCGACAGGUCAGCCGACCAAAAUGACAUCAAGAAGGCCUACCGCAAGCUUGCCUUGAAGCACCACCCUGACAAGGUUCCCGAGGACCAGCGCGAGGACUCCGAGCACAUGUUCAAGCUCGUAACCCAAGCCUACGAGAUUCUUCGAGACGAUGAAAAGCGCGAAAUGUACGACAGGCAUGGAAUGGCUGCGUUCGACCCCAGUAGGGGCGGUGGCAUGGGCGAGGGACCCGAUAUCAACGACAUCCUAGAACAAAUGUUUGGUAUGGGUAUGGGCGGAAUGGGCGGGAUGCCUGGCAUGGGCGGCGCUGGCGGGCCCAGAAGACCGCGUCGCGGACCUGACGAAGAGUCGAAGUACAGCGUCAGUCUAGAGGACCUGUACAAGGGCAAAACAGUCAAGUUCGCCGCCAACAAAUCUGUGGUUUGCGGCACUUGCAAAGGCUCCGGUGGCAAGGAAAAGGUGAAGCCGCAACAGUGCGACCGUUGCAAAGGUAACGGUAUGGUUGAGAUACUCCGUCAGAUGGGCCCAGGCCUAGUUGCCAGAGACACGGCUCCAUGUGACAGAUGCCAAGGAUCGGGCAACUAUUACAAGGAGAAAGACCGUUGCAAGAAGUGCAAGGGAAAGAGGACGAUCCAGGAGACAAAACCCCUGGAAAUCUACAUCCCUCGGGGAGCAUACCAGGGCGAACGCAUCGUCCUGGAAGGCGAGGCCGACCAGCACCCCGAUCAAACGCCAGGCAAUCUUGUCUUCGUUCUUGUUGAGGAGCCGCAUGAGGUCUUCAACCGAGUCGGAAAUGAUCUUUCUGCGGACCUAGAAGUCACCCUAGCCGAAGCCCUCUGUGGGUUCUCGCGUGUCGUCUUGACGCAUCUUGACGGUAGAGGCAUUCACAUCAAUCACCCAAGAGGCAAGGUCUUACGUCCAGGACAAGUGCUGAAGGUCACAGGAGAGGGCAUGCCAUUGAAACGUGGAGACACGAAGGGCGAUCUAUAUCUCAUCGUAAAAGUCGAGUUUCCGGAGGAUGGUUGGCUCAAGGACGACGCUGCCCACGAGUCACUGACGAAGCUGUUGCCCGAACCUGCUCCUAAGAUCGAAGCUAGUGAAGUUGACGACGUCGAGUAUGACGAUGAUGCUGACCUUGACGAGAUGGGAGCUAAUUCGGGUGAUCCACGAUAUGGUGAUGGUUGGGAAGAUGACGAUGAUGAUGAGGGCGGUGCGCAAGCUCAAUGUGCACAACAGUAAUGUAUUAUGAGAUGUAAUCUUUGCUUCGGCGACAGGGCCAUGGAAUCACUACGCAGGUCGAGUUUUGGGUUUCUUUUUUGUUUCUGGGACGACAAUAACGUUCUUCAAGAGCGAUCAGCGAGUCAGCAUCGGCAUCAAUAUCGGCAUAGUCAUCGGCAUAGGUAUGGGAAUAGUGUCGAUUAGGAUAGAGACGAGUGAAGGGAGAAGGCCCUUUCCUUGUGUCUCUUCUGGGAAAUCUGAUAGACCAGAUAGAAAGCCUAGAAGGCAAGACAUGAAUCACCCCUUACGAAGAAUCAAUGAAUUCUAUCUAUGGAAACAACCUUUCAUACUCAAUGAGACUACCCGAAAAUCUACGACAACGCAUACCACAGCAUGUCAUAACAGUAGUUAUUUCU